AUGGGUCCUCGCAACAAGCGGCGACGUCUCACUGACCCUUCAGACGAGCUCAGUGACUCUGAUAUUUACAAGCCAGCGACUCCACUGGAAAAGAACAGUUGGAAUGGAUUCUGUGAGAUCGAGUCCGAGCCGGCCUUAUUCAAUGUGAUGCUCCGUGAGUUCGGAGUAAAGGGGGUCAAGGUUCAGGAGGUGGUCUCCCUGGACGAAGAAAUGAUGGCUUUCCUAAACAAACCUAUCUACGGCUUAAUCUUCCUCUUCCGCUGGCGGGAGGAUGAUGCCAACAAGCAGGAAGCGACCUGCCCCGAUGGGAUCUGGUUUGCAAACCAGACUGCCAGCAAUGCAUGUGCUAGUGUGGCCUUGCUAAAUAUUGUGAACAAUAUCCCUGACCUUGACCUUGGAGAGAAUCUGCGACACUUUAAAGAGUUCACAAUGCCAUUUACACCGGCUUUGCGGGGAGAUGCCAUCAACAACUUCGAGUUCGUGAAGCGGGUACAUAACUCCUUCGCCCGCAAGAUGGACAUUCUCAACUCUGAUCUCCAACUCCAAGUGGAAUCAAAAACACGGAAGAAGUCCUCCCAGGGUCAAGAUGACGAUGAUUCCGACUCAUCCUUCCAUUUCAUUGCGUUCAUGCCGGUCAUGGGCCAAGUCUGGAAGUUUGACGGUCUAGAGCGACAGCCUCAGUCAAUCGGUCAAUGUUCCGAAGGCGACUGGCUAGAUCUAGUCCGCCCAAACCUCCUGGAUCGGAUGGCGGCAUACGAGGAAGAUCAAAUCGAAUUUUCCAUCCUGGGACUGGUGAAAGAUCCUCUAUCGGACCUUACUGGGCAGCUCGCCGUUAAUGUUAAAAGCUUGGACAUGGUCCACGAGCGCCUCAAAUCGGACGGUGACACCGCCACGGCAGCCACCACCGUUGCCAGCUUCGAGGGAACGGUGAUCGGCCCGGAUCCGUCUCUUGGAUUGACCCGCGCUGUGAUCGAUGAGGCCGUGAUACCGGAGGGGACUCAAAAGGAAUACCAGAGCUGUUCGCCAAGUCAGCUGCAAGUGCAUCGGCAGACGCUUAGCCAGGCGCAGGGGGAGCUACGGUCCCGAGUCCGGGAAGAGCAACAGUCGCAACGCGCAGACGACGACUAUGCGACCGGGCGGCGAUAUGACUACGGGCCUGCGGUCCGAACGUGGUUACGAUUCCUGGCGCGCAAGCAGGUGCUGGCAGAGUUGAUUCAAUAG